CCCUUCCCAUCUUAGCCUCAUAUAUUUUGCCAAAGCCGCUCGACGAUCUCGCCCUCUUUCGCAAAACCCUAGCGACGGCGCUCGGCUAGCUUCCGCUCAACGUCGCUCACAAAUCCAUCUCAACACCAGAGUUGAUCAUUGCAUACUCGACGCUUUCCGCUCAACACGACAGUCGGCCGAAUAGACUCCAGGCGCGCCUGCCUAUUCCGCUCGACCUGCGUCGCAGCCGUUCUUUUCCACUACGUUCUGUUUCUUGUUCUUCAGCGUAACCGGCCUGCCUUGGCUUUUGGUAUUUUGCUAAUGGCUAGACAACCAAGCCCUGAAAUAGAUGAUGAGCUUUUUAAUGAGGUUUAUGGAAAAGAAUAUACUGGUCCUAUGAGAUCAACUUCAAAUAAUGCAGAGGCUAAAGCUAAUGCAAGCAAGAGAUCCUUAGCUAAUGACCAGUCAGAUGAGGAAAAUGAGUUACGAGAUCCAAAUGCUGUUCCUACUGAUUUUACUAGUAGGGAAGCUAAGGUAUGGGAGGCAAAAGCCAAGGCUAUUGAAAGAAAUUGGAAGAAAAGGAAAGAAGAAGAAAUGAUCUGUAAGCUGUGUGGAGAAUCUGGUCAUUUCACUCAGGGCUGCCCUACUACUCUUGGAGCAAAUCGUAAGUCUGCAGACUUCUUUGAAAGGGUACCUGCAAGAGACAAGAAUGUGAGGGCCCUUUUCUCUGACAAGGUGAUAAGUCAAAUUGAGAAGGAUGUUGGAUGUAAAAUAAAAAUGGAUGAGAAAUUUUUAUUUGUUAGUGGGAAAGACAGAUUAGUCCUCUCUAAAGGUUUAGAUGCUGUGCACAAAAUAAUUCAGGAGAAAGACAAAGGCAAGAGUCCUAGUAGAUCUGACAUUAGAUCAGAAAGGGCACGAUCCAGAUCACCUGAUAGAAGUCCUGUAGGUUCUCAUUUAAGACGUUCUGAGUCCCAAAAGUCCCGUUCAAGUAUAGGAAAUUCAAUUCACUUGCAUAGCAAGGGAUAUGAAGAUAAUGUACGUGAAGAUUUGCAGAGGUUGUCAAGAGGGUCUACACAAGGAAGAGCUUACACCAAUGAUGGAGCCAAAAGUCAUCCUGCCCCUACAAAAUCUCCAGUGCGCCCUACUACUUAUGGUGGUAAUUCAUUCAAUUCAUAUGAUGAACAACACCGUAACAUUGGGUUGCCGAAGCGUAGUGGUUGGGAUGUGGGGAAAUCUGAAAUGGAUUCUCUCUUUGAACACAAGUCUGGCAUCCCGACUUAUCCACAGACAUUGGAAGAACUAGAAAUGGAGUUUAAAAGGGAGAUAAAUGAUUUAGGAAGAGUUCGUGAUCAAGAUGAGGAUGAAGAGAUUCACAAGCACAGAGAGUGUAUAAGAGAUCUAAAUGAAAACUAUAUGAAGAAGAUGGCAACCAUUAGGGGUAUUCAGGCAAGACACUGGGAAGAUUUUCUCCAAUUCAGCCAGAAAAGGCCGCAACAGUUUAGCGUCCAGAAUGCUUAUGGCCAACCUGCUCAUCCUGAUUAUGAUCAAUCCUCUAGGAAUCUUCCUUAUGGAGGACCUAUGGAUUCAAGAAGCAGAUAUGGCUACCCUGGUGAGAAUUAUCAAGCUCCCAGACCCCAUGAAGCAUAUGGUGAGUUUCAGCAUCAGCGACGUGAUGAUUUUGGUGCGACACAUUGGCGAUAUUGAUCCUGCUAAAUAUGGAGGUGAGUCAAUCUAUGCCCUUUAGUCAUCUAAUUUACUCGGACUUCGUUUCGGAUGGUUUUUUUGCUUCUUAAAGCAGCUUUCAAGUACAAAAAUUUGAACUUUUGGACUAGAAAGUUGUUUUAAGAAUCAGUAAAAAAGCUGUCCUAAACGAACGUUAAUCAAUGAAGCGCCAUGGCUCCUUGUAUGAGAGAUCUAAAACUGAUAUGAAAUAUUGAAGGUCAGGGAUGCUGGCAGUGUUUAAAUAUAUGGAAUGUAGCUCCUGUUCUUGAUAUCCUAAAUCGAAUUAUUUUCUGUACUAAGGAAGUCAGAUCACCUGGAGAUUUUCUUGCCCGUGCAGGUGCGCCAAGUUUCAGAUGGUUUGGUUUGUUUAGAUGAAAAUGCCUUUAAGAUGGAAUCGUCAUGAAUACUUAUGUGAAACUUUCUAUGGUGUUCUUCCAUUUCUAACUAUCAAACUGUUUAAAGUUUGCUCUUUUAGCUUAUUUACUUUUCGUCUCAAAUGUUUUUUGCAUGUAAUAUGUUCUUCAUUUCUCUUGCUAAUGAAGGCCCUCAAUCAAGUAGAUGCUGGGUUUUUUAA